GUAGGAGUACUCGAAGUUGCAUUUUACCAACAACACGGUGUUGACUGAAAUAAGUCCAGGGGUGUUAGAAUAGUUCAAAACCUAAACUGAGUGGACAUGCAUAUGUGUGUCGGAGAGAGACAUUACACUGCCUGAUGUGUACAGUCUGUAUUUACUGUUUGUGCAUGUACUGCAUUUGUGUGAGCAUGCAUACUAUAUACCCCUGUGUGCAUGUGUACAGUGUGCUCAUGCCUGUGUGCACCUUUUUGAGUAUAUAAAUGUGUGUGUGUGCUUAAUGGGGGAUUGUGUAUUCCAGAGCAGUGCAGGAUUAGUGGCAGUUGGUUAUUUAAAGAGGAGAGUUUCAGCGUUCUCAGUAGAUAGUCUGUAGGACUGCAGAACACCAGAAUGCAGCAGAUCUAUAUGCAGAGUGAUGAACACUUUGAUGUUUACACCACCGUUUUCUCCCCUCAAGGUGAGUAGAAGAAGACGUCACCCCGUGUUUUAUUUCCUUCACACAUUACUUCGGCAUGUUUGCAGAGCAAGAACCAGACAAAGGCAUGGGGAACUGGAUCUAGACAAAGUGGUUGCAGCCAUCAACUACAGACCUCACGAGGAUGAUGAGCUUGAGCUCCAUCAUGGUGAUGUCAUCCAGGUUCUCUUCAGAGAAGACCAGUCCUGGUGGUUCGGUCGCCUGCAGAACGGCAACGAGGGCUACUUCCCUGCUACGUUUGUCACCAAGUAUAGUCCGAAUGAGAAACCAGAUGAAGCUGCUCCCAGCUAUUUACGGAGAGGUUCAGUGCCAGUUGUGUCUCCUAGCUCCCCCCGUGGCGGCAGAGGCACUCCCAAGCUCCCCAGGAGAGAAAGCCUGUUGCGGGUCCUGGGGCACACAGAGAGCUCAGGGGGCUCCACAGCCAGGGGUUCCACAGCCAGGGGCCGCACAGCCCAAGCCUCCCCCAGCCUGCUUCACCGUGUGCUGUCCAAGUCUCGGAGGAAGAGCUGUCCACAUAUACCUGCAGUCAGCGGCUCCAUUAACAGAGCAUUUCAACAAGAAUGAAGUCACUGUAGUAUUGGUCGCCCAAGCCGUUAUGGUUUACUGGGUUGCCGUAGUUGUCAUCCCCUUAUUUGGUUGUUCACCAUCACCCAUUCAUAGUCCACUUAUAGGAGUUGAUGCCACUAUAAUGUAAUAUCCAGAAGAGCAGUACUCAAUCUUAAUUUGUGGAUCCCAUAUUUGUGAUUCAGAUCUGAAAAGUAUUCUGUACUUAUUUGCUACAUUAUAAAUAUUAUACAUUAUAAAUAAUUGUAUUAAUUAUAUAUUCUAUACU